UAUUGGAUGUCACUCAUGAGUGUGUCACAACAACGUUCAGUCGCAAAGUGCGCUUGCUAUAUGACUACAAACGUUGGUUAAGUCGUGARCUAUGAAUCAACUAUGUGCAAAAUGCGCCAAAAUAGUUUAUCCGGUGGAAAAGUUCAAUUGCCUUGACAAGAUAUGGCAUAAAGGYUGCUUUAAGUGCACCGUAUGCAAUAUGACCCUAAAUUUGAAGAACUACAAGGGAUAUAAUAGGUAUCCCUACUGUCAGGCGCAUUAUCCUACAACAAGACACACUGAGGUGGCUGACACAGUAGAGAAUCGUCGCUUGGCACAGCAGACAAGGCAGCAAAGUCAAAUUGAAUAUACAAAGGAAUUCAAUAAAGAAAAGGGUUCUUACACUGCCAUUGAAGAUGAUCCUGAGACAAGGAGACAUAUGAAAGUUUCUCAAAAUAUAAGUGGCGUWGCAUACCGGAAUGAGCAUGGACCACAUCAUCAGGGACGCGAUUCUCAUCAGACUGUACCWCAACCAGUUUCAAGAACAAGACCUCCAUCAACAUAUGUUGCUAUAUACGAUUAUACAGCAAAUGACUUUGAUGAAGUGACCAUUCUUGAGGGAGAUACAAUCAAUAAUGUUCAUCGCAUUGAUGAUGGCUGGCUAGAAGGACGAGUUCAACGUACAGGAAAAUAUGGGUUGUUCCCUGCAAACUAUGUGGAGCCUAGGUGAAGAAAGGGCCUAAUCAUGUUAUUGAGAGGGUUGGAAUUUGAGCCAAGGCAGUAUUACAUUUGAAGACCAUUCAAAAUCCAAUGAAAGAAAGUCUUUAACYCCGAGUAGGUUUAGUAYAAAUGAAACCAGACACAUUUUUCGUCUCUCCCCUUUUAGAUGACACUCUCUGUAAAUAGGAAUUGUCAUGACAUUGAUGUGGUUUAUGGAAACUAUGAAUAGUCCCUGUAGACUGACAUAUUUCUGUGUACAUUAUUAUAUAAUCAUAGGUGACUUGCACUAACAAACUGGAUAUAUUUGACUCAACAUUUAAUUUAAUUAGUAUUCCAUUCAAUAUUUACACRCUGUAAUUGUUUUUGACAGAACAAGACUUUUCAUUUAUAAAUCACAUUAUUACUUGCAUUGAAAAGCUAUACAUACUUAAGGAAAAUGACUUUUUGUUCUUAAAAAAUAUAAAUUUUCUUAAAACAAUGUAAGCAAUGUACAAUUUGAGAAUUAUAAAGAUAUCAUUUGACAAGAUUUUACAGUUGUCAAAGUAACCUUUUGUCUGCAUAGUCUGCCAUUCCUAGCAAUUCUAAAGAGAUAACAGCUAGUAAAGCAUGCAGCUACGCAGGCUAGCUAGCUAUCUGGAUAUCUAUACUUGUACAUGCUUACAUUUAAUUCAGUGGUAACACAAUUAAAAAAAACACCAAUUCAAUUGCUAAUAUACUGUUUCCAUAGAUUUUGUCAGUUUACUCUAGUGCUAUGUUGUCAGCUUCAUAAGGAUGAAAUCCUGAAAGCAAAAGACCAAAGAGGAUAUUUUGAAUCAUGUAAGGUGACGAUUGUUUAGCAUGCAAAAAGUGCUUGGAAAAAGAAACAUUGUUACACUCACCCUUAAGCUCUCAUUUGCAUUCCCAUGUUCCUUAUUGGUCAUAGCCUUAGAUAUAACCUGACAAUAUAUUUUUUAAACUAUGUGUGUUUACUAUAUUUUGAAGCUGGAUAAAGUAAAUAUUAUAACUCAAUGCCCAAUAAAGAUUUUUUUAAGAAAAAAAUAGUGGAGAACUUUUAGCUAAAAAAAGAAAAGAACAAGGUUAAGCAUAUAUGCUGUCAUACAGCCUUUUGCAAAAAUUAUGAGAAUUGUCAAAAUAUCUAAAUAUCAUAAUAUCAAGUGCAUGAUGGGUAAUCCCGCGCGAUGCCCUUAGUCCCUUGUCUUUGUAGUUUAGUUAUUUUU